AUGGAGGGUAAUUUUAAGGGCAAGGAUGACAAGCUGCAAGGCGGAAGAUCAGCCGAGACUAGUCGAUACCGAGGCGUACGUAGCCGGCCUUGGGGGACGUUCGGGGCGGAGAUACGAGACCCUAACCAGCAGGGAGCUCGUGUUUGGCUCGGGACAUUUGAAACCGCCGAGGAGGCCGCUCGAGCCUAUGAUAGAGCCGCUUAUGCCAUGAGAGGUCACUAUGCUAUUCUUAAUUUUCCGCAUGAGUAUCCCAUGGCUAAUGGCGUCGCUGCUUAUAAUGCUUACUGUCGCUCGUCUUCCGUCGGUUCAUCGUCCUCUUCAUCGUCAACAAUGGGGAAAGAGGUGUUCGAAAUCGAGUAUUUGGAUGAUAAUCUGCUUGAAGAACUGCUGGAAAUCGAAGAGAAGAAGAGCAAGAAGACAUGA